UCAAAAUUUGACAAGUGUACUUGCAAUGACUAUGUUCGUAAAUAUUGCGUUAUUGCAUUAAUUUCGUAAAUUUUAAGCUUCAAACAAUAAUAAAGACAUAUUAAAUCGAAAAUGGAGGAUAUGGCGAGGCUGGCUGUGGUCGAGCAAAGUGUGAGAGACAUGGAAAAAUAUAAUAAAAUACUGUAUGAACUUUUGCGGCAUAUCAGUAACAUUUUAGAAAAUCCCCAUGACUAUGAAGUGAGAGUAAUUAGAAAUGGAAUUCUUCUAGAGAUGCUGAGAUAUGAGGCUUUCAAAGAAUACUUGAGAUAUGUUGGAUUUCGACGGGUUGGUGCCGAUAUCACUUAUCCACAAGAACAAACGCUGAGUAACUUAAGAAUGUCUCAAGCAGCAAUCGAGAGGAAAAUAUGGUUCUGCUACGGUGCUCUCGACAUGCGGACCCUUGUGACAUCCACUCGGAAACCCAAAACUACAGCAUUGAAGCCUGCCAAUAUACUGACAACAAAGUGUAGUCUCCUCUUAAAGAUACAGAGGCUGUUCAAUGAAGUCCUGGUGUACGAGGAUGAAGAGUUGUUGGAGCAAGCUCGUGAUCAGAUACCCAUUGUGCAGUUGCAGCUCAAAGCUCUUGACAGAGUCCGGGAAGUACAAAGACUGAUUAAAACUGGUGAAAUAAAAACCCCGGACCUGCCAUUCGACAUAGCUCUUCUAAUGGAGUUGCUGGCGUGGUUCAAGCAUCAGUACUUCACGUGGGUAGACCAGCCGAAGUGCGCGGGCUGCGGCGGCAAGACAACCUUCCGGGACAACUUCACCAUCACUACUGAUGGAGAAACCACUAAGAUGGAGGUGUACGACUGUUUGGCGUGCGGUGUCGGCGCGAAGUUCGUGCGUUACAAUGACCCGCGCACGCUGUUGGAGACUCGGCGCGGGCGCUGCGGCGAGUGGGCCAACUGUUUCACGUUACUGUGCCGCUCGCUAGGAUACGACACGAGAUUUGUAUACGAUGUCACUGAUCAUGUGUGGUGCGAGGUGUUCGACUACGACUCGAACACGUGGCUGCACGCGGACCCGUGCGAGGGCAAGCUGAACGCGCCGCUCAUGUACUGCCACGGCUGGGGCAAGAAGCUGUCCUACGUCAUCGCCGUCUCCAGGGACGACCUGCAGGAUGUUACCUGGAGGUACACCAUGGACCAUAAGGAGGUACUGAAACGCCGUACGGAGUGCACGGAAGAUGAGCUGGUGGCCUGCAUCCUGGCGCUGAGGGAACAUCGCCAGAGACAGGUGUCGGACGCCAGGAGACGCCACCUGACCAGGAGGACGCUGCAGGAGCUCGUCCAACUGAUGCAGGAGAGGGAGCCGAAAGACUACGAGUGUGACGGGCGUCUAUCAGGGUCCCUGCAGUGGCGCUCGGAACGCGGCGAGACGGGCCCUCGCUGGAGGCCCCACACCUGGGACCUCAACCGCCUCGGGGCCUGCGAACUGCGCUACUACGCCGCGUCUGACCUCUACAGUCUGACGUCAGACGGCCAAGAAAUACUCCGCCUGCCUAAGUGGAGCUCAGGAGUUUAUAAAGUAGAUAAGGUGUUCAGAAAAGUUGAACACGAUUGGAAGAUGGUGUAUCUGGCUAGAGAAGAGGGUGCGGCUACGGGCGGCGUGUCGUGGCGGCUGCGCGCGGGCGCGGGGCUGCGCCUCACGCAGCUGCGCCUGCGCAUGCACACGCACCUCGUCAGCAGCGGCACCAUAGCCUGGACCGUGCAGUAUGACGACAACAAACCGGAAACCGUCGACUUUAGCCCAGAACUGUUGAAGCGCGGCGUGUCGCUGCGGGCGUGCGUGAGGCUGGUGGUGUCGGCGCGGCUGGCGGGCGGCGCGGGCGCGGGCUGGCAGCACGCGCAGCUGUGCCGGCAGCCGCUCGCCGCCACCGCCGCCGCGCUAGAGCUGCAUGCCCUCGUCCUACCACUACAGGACUAAACCCCGCUCACACAAUGAAAUGACUAGUGCAAGUGAACAUCUAAAGGCGGGUCUACGCUAGACGAACCGAGCACGAACGGAGCCGUUCUCGGCUUGUCAUUCGCGGCGUCAACUGUGUACGCACAACGAACCUGCAACGAUUACCGUUAGCAAAUCCCUUUGUGUUCGUUAAAAACAGACAACAGGCGGAACGCAGCCGAGCACGAACGAAAUGCUCGCAGCGCUCUCGUUAGAGGCUUGUAAGUUGGUCCACACUAGACGAAUUGUGUUCGGCUCGUGCUCCGCUCGUGCUCGGCUCUCCUAGCGUAGACACAGCUUAAGGGAUCUAUCAGACAGGGAGCGGUCACGCGGUCAGUUUUGCGUUAUUUGUGUCGUAUUACGUUACAUAGAUAUACCCACACAGGAGGCAUUCUGACCGCGUCGGUAAAGUAGAAGUAAUUGUAGUAAAUCUCGAACAUAGAACGGUCGACCGCGUGAUCGCUCUCCGUCUGAUAGAUCCCUAAGAAAGUAGCGCGCCAAAAUACGGGUGUGUGGCAGAGGAACGUUACUGUCUUCCCAUUUAUACGCUUUUGGACUGGUUUUUUAUUACCUAAAAUCGUUGACAAACAUCUCAUAGAACCCGAACGCCUCGUUAGUUCACUCUUAACUGAUCGUUUUGGUCAUGCCAUCCGGUAUAUUUGACCUAGCAGAAGACACCUGACCUACCUGCAUUCGCUCAUCUUUCCUUGGUCCGUGGCUCCACUUCACCGCGCCCCAGUAACGUGUCACUUUGUCAUCCAAUAACUAAUGCUAUCUACCAGAUAUUGCCAUCCGAGACAUGUUAAACCAAAACUUUAAUUUAUCUGUCAGAUAAGUUCCUGAGACUUUAUCAGUAACCGGUGAAACUGGCCAUAAAUGUACCACUCGUAUACACAAUAUAGGCGCUUGUGCACGAAACAACUUUACUUGACGCAACUAUAAACUAUUUGGUUUCUAUCUAUACGACAGGUUUCUGUAAGUGGCGCCUUUUCAUAGAAAAAGCUAGUUGCCAGCUGGUUAUAGUUGUGUCAUGUGCUAAGUGCUAAACACGCGAUUCGCGAUGUUUUGGGCUAUUCCACGGACUUCUUAUACAGGGUGGUCCCUCAAAAUAUAUUAUAAAUCAAAUGGAGCAGUUAUAUGGGUAAGGUCAAUGACCAAUUUUUAAUUUCAUAAUAUAAGUAAAUGACCUUGUCCAUACAUACCCCUGUUUCGUUUGACCCAUACUGCUAGGGACAUCCUGUUCGGACGUUGAAAUAAAAUAUGCUUUCUGCAGUGCCAGAAAAAAACUCGUUUCUAAUUUGACGUCUGAAGACCAUAACUUGGUUGUUAAACUUCUAAUUUGACGUCUUAAGUCAAUAACGUGCAAUCGGUAAACAAAAUGGCAUGCUGAGGUCUCAAACCAUUUGUUGAGUUAAACUCAAAAUGAGCACAGGCCAAUGAUGUCCUAUUCAACAUUAUAAUAUUGACAAUACAAGCAACUUGUACGAAAAUAUAAUAUUCGUAUAUUCAAGUUCCCGCUGUCACUGUAGUGACGAUAAAAUGUCGUCACACGACUUUCAGUCUUAAUGUUCCUGUUAUAUCGUCGUCUACUAUAUUAUAUGUAAACACAUAAGUAAUAUAAAACAGUAAUUGUUUAAUAGUUUCAUCAAUAUCUAUAGAAUAAAACAAAUACAAACAUCCGAAUCAAGAACCUCCUCCUUUUUGGGAAGUCGGUUAAAAAUAUUAACUGAAAAAAAUAUUCUACCGGUAUAAAUAUGUAACUAUUGAAAAUUUGCCAUUAUAGUUACUAGUUGUCGACAUUAUCAUAUAAACACUUUUCAAUCAAUACGAGGUCAUCAAUGACGUGAAUUUUGAAGAAGUGGGAAUACGCCCUAACUUUAAAUAAUGUUCACAGCAGUCUUGGAUUAACGAAUAGGCCGUGGUCUAAAGGUCGCCGAAUUUACUACAAAUGGAAAAUUAUUAUUUGUAAGGUUUGUUCAUGGGGCGGCGGAAAUAAAGUAGCCUACACUCAUUAAAAAUAUAAAUCCGGCACUGGUUCACAUUAAUUGACAGUUUCUGAAAAAAUAUAUGGAAGAAUGAUCAAAGAAAAGCUUUGUGUAUAGCACACAUUUAUGCGUAAGCGCAUCUGUCAACUAUCAACUGUCAAUAGAAUAUAAUUCAUCCAACAUUAUAACAUAUAAUCAAAUAAUACAUAGUCAUACAAAUAUUCUUCUUCUAUUAUAUAAUAGUUUUGGAAUAAAAAUAUUGAAAAUUUCAAAUAUAAAAUAAUUAUAUCUACGAAAUUAUUUAUAUUCUGUUUUUCCAUCAUGGUACGGCCCUAAGUACCAAGUUACUUGUACUGAAAAUAAACAUUGUCUAAUAAAAUAUAUUAAUAUAAGAUUAGCAUUUAUUCAUUUUAUAUUAGUUUAUAAUAAGUUAUUUAAACUGUUUUGUAAUGUUCUACGAAGUUUCUAUUUUCCUAUUUAAACUUGUCAUUGUAGCUUGUAAACUAUAGAAAUCAAUGUUUAAAUCAGACGUUUGAUAAUAAUAAAUAACAAUAUUGUAAUGGAAGCGAGUCAUGGCGGCACUUUUAUAAAAAAUAUAAGAAAAUCGACAUGCUGGAAUAGAUUAUUCAUAUUUAGCUAGACGAAGAAAAAUCGGAUGUUGACAUCAUUUUAAAAAGGUAUGUCACAUAAAGUUCAUAACUGUUUUAAUAUGUAUGAGUCCGCUAUGAUUCUCUAAUUAAGAUAUUUUUAAAUGUUCAUCUAUGUGCUUGAAUAAACUAUUUUGUUUCACCAAACAGUGGGGUUAAAGAUCAGCUCUUAUCCUUAAGAUAAUGAUUCUUGAGAACACACUAAUUGUAAUAUUUCUAUCAUUCCACGUUAUAUCUAAGUAAAAAAUAUAUAUUUAAAACAUAAUUUUUGACUAAACUCGACGGACGCUUAGAAUUAUUUAGCAAAUCAAAUGAGUCGAAGUAUACACUCAAGGCUUCACUAUGAAAAUGUUUCAAGGGUUUAAAAACAUGCUGUCUCUAAAAAAAAAUAUGCUGUGACAAAAUUGUUUAAAUAUGUACCCAUAAAUGUGUUUAGUGAGUAGUUCCGCGAGCCUGAGAAACAUUGAUUAAAUCAAGCUGAGCUCAAUAUCGCUAAAUACUCGUGAUUAUUAUUCAAAAUAUUUUUUGUUUAUGACGACGUCGACCAAUGAACUAACCAUUCGUCAUACUUUGUAUAUUUUUAGUUCAUUUGAAUUUGUAUAAAAUGUGUUGAUAUUGCGCAAAAUUGAUGUUGAAUAAAUCUGCCAUGUCUUAAUAUAAUUGGGCCGUGCAAUAAAAUUUAAAGUGUAAUUUAACUAUGAUUAAAUAAAACAAAAUGAUUUAAGUUAUUUCAUAUUUGUAUUUAAUAAUGUUCAGCUUAAAACGCUUUUUGAAGUGAAAACAUUAUUGUGACGUCAAAAUAAAUAUAAACUGAAAA